AUGGAAAGUACCUUUGUAACAAAGACUGAACCUCAGUUUGCUUGUGGAGGCAAUGUGUCAACAAAGUCUCUUUGGAUGGGCAAAGAAGGAGAAGUUAAAGCUGCUGCACCAUUUGAAUGUCAUUAUUCAGUGACAGUCCCUAAGGAAGUAUACGUAGUAGACCACUGCAGCAAUGUGAGCCUGGCGUGUGAUUUUUUUUUUGACACUGAAGGUUGUAGCAAGCUUGAAGAAAUAGGAGCCAAUUUGCACAAAGGAGAAAAUUAUACACCCUCACCCAGAGAGAGAACCAGUCUGCUGGGGAAGCAGCUGCCACUGGGGAAGGCUUUAUUCCAUAUCUCCCUAAUUCAAGUCAGAGAGACAGGCUAGCACCACUGCGGUUACCAGGUUAUCAGUGGGGUUGCUUGGGACUACAAGUACCUCAUUGUGAAGGUCAAAGAUUCUUACAAGAAAACAGACACUGGUAUCUUAAAGGCCCCAGGGACAGAUGAAGUGGAGCUCAUCUGCCAAACUAUAGUUUAUCCUUUGGCUGAAGUAUGCUGGCCAAAUAAUGUUCCUGCCAACACCGGCUGCAGAAGGACUCCAAAAGGACUCUAGGUCUCUGGUGUUCUGCAUCUAAAGCUACAGCCUGGCAUAAAUAUCAGUUGCGUGUUCAGGAAUUCUAAUGUGAAAGAACUUACUUCAGCCAUCAUUGGCCCUCAAGGUAAGACAGAGCCUAAUGAUAAGACUGUGAUAAACAGGUAUUUAGAUGGUGACCCCAGAGAAUUAGAAACUUGGUUAAACUUCACCAGUAAAGUAGAGAUAGUCAACUUUAUUGCAACAAUGGUUACAAAGUAUAUUACUGAGGCCUAUGCUUCAAAAGCAACUCUAGGCUCUCUUCAGAAGAUUGAUAGAUAUAAAGGUAAAAUUCGUGUAAAAAGAAAGGGUGUGAUGUGGGGGCCAAAAGAUAUGAAAUUGCUGUAA